AUGAAGCUUAUAGUUCUUCUGUUCGCUUUUGCUUCAAUUGUUUAUUGCAUUAAACAGUGCAAGGAAAACGAGGAAAUCGUUGCGUGCUCUUCUGGCUGUGAACCCCGCUGCGGAUACACUCCGAAAGUUUGCCCAGAAAUCUGUAUCACUGGUGUUUGCGAAUGUAAAGAUGAAUUCGUUAGAAGCACCCAAGGAGACUGCAUUCAUCCAUUGAACUGCACCAAGGAAACCACUAAGUGCCCACCCAACGAGACUUUCCAAACAUGCGGAACCCAGUGUGAGCCAACAUGCGAAGUGCCAGAGCCGCCGUUCUGCACCGAGGCUUGCGUCAUGAACACUUGCCAGUGCUCCGAGGGCUAUGUUAGACUUGGACACACGUGUGUCAAGAAGUCGGAAUGCCCGAAAUAA